AUGGGUACCUUCCAACAAGCGACACAGAUGACACAGCGUUGUUCGCCAGUGUUAAACAAGGAUGAGAUGAUCACAGUGUCGCUCGUUGGAAGGCACACAAUAUUAGGUCUGUUCGCGUCGCCUGAGGAGAAGGACGCGGCCGCGAAGAAGGACGAGGCGGCCGGCAAGAAGGACGAUGACGCCGCCGCCGCCGCCGCGGCCGGCGGCGCGGCCACGGCGCCGGCGAAGGCCAGCACCGUGCACCACCCCGAUUACGAGAAGGACGUUGUUUAUCUGUAUCAGUUCCCGCGGACGCCGCUGCUCCCGUCCUUAUCCCCGUACGGUCUCAAGGUGGAGACGUGGUUGCGGUUGAACGGCAUCAAGUACGAGAAUGUUGACCACAAGAUGAAAUUCCGCUCCAAGAAGGGUCAGCUGCCGUUCGUCGAGCUGAACGGUGAGGAAAUCGCAGACAGUACUAUCAUCCUACGGGAGCUGAGCCAGAAAUUUGGCAAGGACUUAGACGCCGGUCUUACGUCCGAGCAGCGAAGCGUCUCUCACGCCAUGAUAUCCAUGAUCGAGAACCACCUGGUCUGGGUUGUCGCGUGCUGGCGCACGAAGAACCUGGAUCAGGUGCUGAAGGGUUACAAGGUUAAUCUGCAACUCGCCCUGGGAUCACGUAUCCCGAAUGCUAUUCUGAACUUCUUCUUCAAGCUCACGUUCGGACGCAAGGGUGCAAGGAAAGUGAAGGCUCAGGGAAUGGGCGUGCACAGUCCGGAGGAAGUGUCCCAAUUCGGCUGCACCGAUCUUAAGGUACUCUCGGACACGCUUGCUGACAAGCCCUUCUUCUUUGGGGACGAGCCAACUACCAUGGACGUAGUUGCAUUUGCGCAUCUUGCUCAAAUCCUGUACAUCGACAAAGACACGCCGUACAGCCUGCGAGACUACAUGGUCGAGAACUGUCCCAACUUGGUCGGACAUUGCUCGCGCGUUAAAGAACGAUGUUUCCCGGAUUGGGACGAGAUAUGCUCCAGCUUGGACAUGAACACGCAUCUGCCGAAGCCUGAAAAGCAGGAGGAGAAGGAAGGCAAGGAGGAGGCGAAGGAGUCCAAAGAAUCCAAGGAGGAAAAAGAGGGCGAUAAGGAAAAAGCAGACAAGGAGGAGAAGGAAGUCGAGAAGGACAAGGAAGUUGACGAGAACAAAGAAAAGGAGAAGGACGGCAAAUAAGCGGUCUUUCGUUGUAAAGAGAAGUAAUAAGUCGUUUCAAGGAUUUAAAGGCGAAGAGUCACGAAGGUGUAUUGGC